AUGCCUCUUAUAAGCCAUGACAGCAACAACAACAACAACAAUAACAGCAGCAACCAGCCGGUCUUUGGCCUGCCCAUCGCCGCCCCUGUCUUGGAAUAUAUCUGCCUAUUUACCCACGAUCUGAAACGCAAGCAGAAGCGAUGGCAGGAUGGCCGGCUCAAGUUCCAUACGUUCAACAAGCGCAUCAUGGUGUACGAUGAGAGGGGUAACUUCAUCGGUGACAUGCAUUGGCGCGAGGACUUCGAUUUCGGAGAAGGCGAAGAGUUUAACCUGGAGCGAGGCGCCGUUAUAGUUCAGGUCGCCGAGUGCGUCGGCAGCAAAGAUCAGGACCUCACUGAGCUCCUCGACAAGAGAGCCAGGGAAGUUGAGCAGAGACACGCUCGUUCUUCUGCCGCCGCCGCAAACUCACUCCGUCCUGCUGUGCGGCCGCCCAAUUUAGGCAACGCCACCUCGCCGACGUUUUCAGCACUCCUCGCGGGCCACAGGGAAGGGCUAUCAUACCCAUAA